UCCAGCCACCGCCCCAGAUACGAGUUCAGCCACUUCCGGCCUUCCUCUUUGCUCGUCGGACGUGUCCUCUUGCCGACACUUGCCUGCACUUCCUUCUUUCAUUCUCGUCGCCGUUCUCGCUGAAUUUGUUUAAUUUCGGCCAAAUACGGAGCACGGUUCGCGGGGCAGCAGCGAGUAAUCAAACACUAGAAAUAUGCUGAUCGGUCUUGUGCGCGACUCAGUGCUGCAGUGCUUCUGUCACAGUUGCAAAGCACCCUUGGGCAUCGUAGCGGGAGAUAGAAGGGGCAAUGCGCCCUUUAAGAAGCCCAGCGGCAAAGGAAAGCCGCGGACCAAGCAACCGAAGAAAGUAAAGUUUAUCACAACCGAAAUUCGAUGCCAAGAGAAAUCCAAGGGUGGAUUGUGCUAUGAGGUAAUCUUAGCAGAGCCAACAGUGCCGAAGAGAGCACCGUCACCACCACAAACAAGUCCGACUCAACAAGUCCCUAUUGAAGACAAACUUCGAGCAGCGGAGGAAAGAAGACUUUCUUUGGAAGCUCAUAAGCUAGCUGCUCUUGCCGCUAAGCUUAGCAAAAUUGAAGAGGCAUCUCGUAAAAAAGAUGAACUUAGCGCCGCUUUCAUUGCCACGACUCGUGAAUCUUUAGAUGCUAAGAUGAAUAAUACGGAAGAGAAGCGAGAGGCUCAUAUUGCGGAAUUGAAGAACAAGUUGAAAGAACACUUAGAAAGUGUAGAGAAAACUCGUUUGAGUCUCGAACAACAGACUCAGGAGGUUCGUUGUGCGGUCGAAGAGAAGCUGAAAUCUGCCGCCGCUCAACGUGACGAGAAUAUUAAGAGGAUGCUAGAUCGUCUCAAAGAACAUGAGGAGCAAGUCGCCCGUGUGCGUCAAGGUAUAAGCGAGCGUGUGCAGCAACUUGAAUCGCAGAUUCAGGACAAGUUAGAUCAAGCUCACGAACGCCGCCAGAAUAUUGAACGCGAACAAAAAGAGAAGCUGCGCAAUCAUAACACUGUGAAGAUAGCAAAAGUGCGUCAGAUGGCGGAUGAGUGCGCCACGAGAGAACUUCUGGUGAAAAAGUUCGAAUUUGACAAGAGGGUUUCUACUGCGGAGCAGAACCGACAGCGAGAGAUUCAACGUCGUGUGCAGGCUAUUCGCCAGCAUGAGAGGCGCGCAGAGAUGGUAAGACAGAAUAAGGCAGCUUUGUCCGAGCAAUCUGCCCUGCCCGCUGAAAAGGAAACUGCCAGCUCUGGAUAAAUAUAACAUCAUUCUUGAUCGCGAUCCUCGUUAAAAUAUCUUUUCAUCGUUACCUAAUCGAGGAAAGAGGAGAGCGGGAUUUGAUUACUGGCUUGCAGAGUCAUUCACUGAUCAUCGGAGUUACGUGUUUAAACUUUGAAAUAAACUAAGGAGUUGCACUUGUUGUGCUUUACGAGACUCCAUUACGCUUUGUGCCAUUUUCGUUUGCUGGAAGAAAAUUAAGGAAGAAGCGAUUUAACCCUUUCACGUCUAACGCCGAAUAUCUGGCAUCCAUAAAAUGAUUUAUAGUGGCUACCACCAGAUAUAUCCGGUGUCCACAAAAUGAUGCACUCUUUACGCGUACAGUUUGCACUAAUGGCACGAUGACCCGUUCAUCGAUGGCGCACUGGUGACCAGUUUCGUCGUCGCGAAAGGGUUAAUAGUAGCUGGAGGGUUUUGCAAUUUUAACAGUCUUAUUUUAUUACAAUGAAUGGAGAGGCAAAUAUGUAGUUAGAUAAAACAUUCAAGAUGAUUAAAAAAGACAUUAUGGAAAAUUAGCCAAUUUUUUUUCUCACUUGCUACUUGUGCAAAAAAUAUCACUGCCUUUAUCUAACUACACACAUUUUUUUUUUAUUUUAAAUAUAUACGAAUACACGUACUAACAUCGGUUGAAAGAUACGACAUGUAAAGUAUUUUCAGUUGUAAUGUGCCUACCACUUAUACGAUGGUGGAUCUUCUAGAAAAUGGCAUUAAAAAUAUCCUAUACGUUUGUAAUCAAUUAUGUAUGUUGAAGCAACUAAUAUUUUAUAAUUUUUAUAAUGCUUGUUUCAGUACAUUUCCUUUUUUUAUGGCUAUGGUGUUGUUUAAUUAAUUACCCUGUUAAAAAAACUAUUCUGUUUGAAAUUAAAAAUGAUCAUAACAAUAAUCGAAGUCAAACAUUCUAAACUUUUGUAUCUCUAAUGAUUUCUUCAAUUUUCAUUAUUUUCUUUCUUAUAUAGCUUUUAGUGUUUUGUUCGUAAAAGUUUGCUUUUAUUCAUAGAAUAAUGAUAGAAUAUUAUCGCUACAAUUAGAUUUUAAGUGGUAAUUGCGACCAUAUGUGUGUACACAUACCAUAUAUGAUAAUUAUAUGUGUAUGGUAUGUGCCAACAUGUAAGCACAUUUAUAAUAUAUAGUGCUUUAUACUAGGCUUGAAAACUUUAAAAACAUUUUGUACUCGAUCAUUGUAAUAUUACUGCGCUAACUGAACAAGAACAUUCACAAAAUAUGUAGUCUAAUUGAAUAUGAUAAUAUGAUGCUUCUGUGAUGACUUAAUUAUUUGUCAAAAUGUGUAGUGUUUAAGUGAGAAUGUGAAAGAGAGAAAGGAGGAGAGAAAGACAUUUGAUUCCUCUAUGCUCGUAUGGAUACCGUGGCUAGGGGCCUUAAUUUUGUUUAUAUUAUAUAUAUCAUCGCUGGAAGUAUUUGAAAAUAUAAGAAAAACCGUACCGGGGCGAAGUUUACACGAAAACUUUCCUUCUCGUAAUAAAAUAGCCAGCUGAUGGUUCCUCGGCCUUCUUAGAUACUCGUAUGUAUAUAUGUUAUAUAUAUAUAUAUAUAAUGAGGAUACCAUAAACGGAAGGAAACUUUUAGCUCUGGUCACGGUAUCUUCAUAAAAUAAAAGGGGUAAAAAAAAACAAGUCGCAGUGAUAUUGCAACCGAUACCCUACGAUCUUAUAUAUUGAAACUACACAUAAAAUUUUUACAAGGGGCUAUUACAGAAGUGUUAAUGCGAGACAAAAUAAAUUAC